AAUUUUAUGAUCUUGAAACCUAGCGAGCUCGCUGUUUUGCUAAGCUGCUGGAUCCAGACAAGUUGCUUCCUCCGUCUAUGGCUUUCCCUCUGCGCUGCUGCAUUCACAACUACAGAUGUAUUACUAGACAUGCUUUAGCGCGCACAGAAUAGGCUGCAGAUGCGCAUGCGCUUGUUCCGCCAGGUUUUGAGAAGCGAGUCCAGCAGCUUUGGAGCGGCUUCGUCAGCUAUAACUGGCAUCGCGGCCAGGACCGGCGCCGGCUGCCCACUAGCGCUCGGUGCGGCUGCCAUGCCCCCGGCGAGCGGCAAAUCCGGCACCAACGGCACCGCUGCAUCCAAUGUCGCGGGGGGCAAGGCGCGGGGUGGCGGCAGGAAGGCGGCAGCGGCCGCCCCCGACCCCUCCCAGCCCACCCUGCAACAACUGUUCGCACGCGCCGGCAAGCCAUCCUCCACUUCUGCAUCCGCGGGCCCCGCCCCCGACCCCAACCCCAGCUCCAACCCAGCAGUAACCGCUUCAGCUUCAAAGGCAGUGGCAACUGGGAGCGGCCCCUCCUUCCCGACCCCGGCCUCCACUAGCCACCACCACCACCAACAGCAGCAGCACCAGCAGCAGCAGGAGAGCCGCCCAGGAUACGGGCAGCAGCAGCACCAGCAGCAGGGCCAGGCACUGCCGGCAGCGGGGGCCGGCGGCGAGCUGCGCGGCUCUCUGGAGGGCACGCCCUGGACCUACGAGCGGGAGGUGUUCACUGUGGGGGUUGCGGCCGCGGCCGGCGGCACCAGACCGGCGGCAGCGCCGGCCCCGCAGGCAUCACUGCAGCAGCCGGCACUGCCGGGCGGCUCCGUGGGCACUGCGGGGCAGCGGUAUGCGGGCCUAGGCAGCAGCGGCAGUAGCAGCGGAGGCGGCGUACUCAGCGGUGGCGGCGGUCGUGGCAGUUUUGCUGGCGGCAUCGGAGGCCAGCUGCAGCAGCAGCAGCAGCAGUUCCGGGCGGUGGGCUCCACGACGGCAGUAGCAGCAGAAGCAGCAGCAGGUGCAGGAGACGGAGGCGGAGGGGGAGCGGGCGCCUCGAGCAUGGGCCGCCGCGGGGGUCCGGCCGCCGCCUCGGUCGCGGCCUCAGAGGUUGUGUCGGUCAUCUCUGCUGACUCGGACGAUUCCGACGACGUGGUGAUUGUGGAUUCGGAGGGGGAGGCGGAGGUGGCGGCGCUGGCGGGCGGGGUCGGCAGGCUGGGCCUCACGGACAGGGCGGCGGCGGCGGCGGUGGCGGCGGCGGCGGCGACAGCAGCCACGGAUCGCGCCGGCCUGACGACCUCCACUGCUCUGGAGGCGUCGGAAGGCGGGCCUGACGCUGGCGCCGCCGCAACCGCCACAGCCUUCGCCGCCGCUGCAGCUGCUUCUGCUUCUUCUUCUUCAAGCUCAGGUGCCGCGGGCAUGGCGCCCGUGUUCGAGCCAAAGGCAGCAGCCAGGACCAAAGCCGCAGCAGCAGGUGGCGGCGGCAAGGGCCGCGGCGGGGGUGCCGGAGGCGGUGGAGGUGGAGGCGGCGGAGGUGCCGGAGGCGGGCGCGCUGCCAGGGCUGCCAAGCCCAAGGUGCGCACGGGCAGCUCCCGAGGUGGUGAGCUGCUGUGGACGGAGCUGAGUCCGGAGGAGCGGCAGGCGGCAGGCGGCCGCACCUGGAUCAGGUGGGAGCCGCUGCCAGAGGAGCAACCCUCCGCCUCCACCUCCCCUGCCGCCACCUCUUCACGCACAGUGUUCCACCUGUUCUCGUUCGACGUCGAGACAGUCGACUUCAUGCGCCAGGUCCGCGGCAGCAACCAGCGGCGCUUCCCGCGCCCCGACCAGGUCCGACUGCUGGAGGUGGCGGCUGUUGACAUGGGCCCCAUCACAGCCGCCAGCCACACACACCUCAGCCACACAGCAGAUGCAGGCUGCUGGGGCCAACAGCAGCAGCAACAGCAGCAGCAGAAGCAGGUGUUUUCCACGCUGGUCAACCCGGGCCGCUCCUUCAAGAACCACAAGACCGCCGAGCACAACCGCAUCACCUACGCCCAGGUGUCGGCGCCGCACGUGCCACACACCGCAGAGGCCCUGCAGCGCCUGUUUGACUUCAUCGCCGCCGCCUGCCAGCGCACCGCCGCCGCCUCCGCCUACUCCGCCGCCGGCGCCCAGGCCGGCGCCGCCACCGCCUCAGGCGGGCAGGCAGCAGCAGAAGCUCGCGGCGGCGGUGGUGGGGGUGGUGGCGGGGCAGGCGGGGGAGGCGGUGGUGGUGGUGGUUCUGGAAGUGCAGUGCGGGUGGUGCCGCUGCUGAUGGCACACAACGGUGCGCACUUCGACUUCCCGGUGCUUCGGCAGGAGUGCGGGCGUGUGGGUUUGGCGUGGCCGCAGGACUGGUGGUAUCUGGACACGCUGGUUGCGGCCAAGGCGCUGUGGGCCAAAGCCGACUGGCCGCGGCAGCCGCCCGACAGCGACGACGAGGAGGGAGAGGAGGGGGAGGAGGAGGGCGAGGGGGAGGCGGCGGCGGCGGCGGCACAGGGCGGCGGCAAGGCGUCUCUAUCCAUGCGGGCGCUCAAGUCGUGGGCGGGCGUGGUCAGCGACGGAGAGGCACACCGCGCGGCAGUGGACGCGGCCGACCUGGCGGCGGUGUGGUGGGCGCUGUGGGAGCGCUGGGGGCGGCCCAGCCCGAUGCACCUGGAGCGGCUGAGGGGGCGGACCGGCGAGAGCAGGGCGGCGGCAGGUCCGCUCCACAGGCUGGGGCUGCUGUCGCAGUCCGCCCGCCUGGACGAGCUGAGCCGCCACAUGCAGGCGGCUGUAGCGCCACACCUGAGGCACCUACUACAGCCGCAGCAGCAGCAGCAGCUGCUGCUACAGCCGUCACAGCAGCAGCAGCGGCUGAGCCAGCGCGGUGUAGACGCAGCGGAGGGGGAGGAUCAGGGCGGCAAGGAGGGCUGUCCGGAUCCAGACCUGGAUUCAGAGGAGGAUGCGGAACUGGAUCUGGAUCUGCCGCCGCUGGUGCUCACCAUGGCCGAGCUGAAGCGGGAGGCGCAGGCGGGGCGGCUGCGGCUUGAGCCCACGGACCGGGGGGGAGGCAGAGGAGGGGGAGGGGGAGGGGGAGGGGGAGGCCGCUUCCGCAGCUGGAGGCUGCUGCGUGUGCGGCCGCCGCCGGCUGCGGCGCUUGCGCUUGCGCCGGAGGCGGCGGAGGUAGAGGCGCCGGAGGGAGAGCUGGAGGAGGCGGGUGCGGGCGGCAGCAGCGGCGCCGCCAGCAGCAGGCGACUGGAGCAGCAGCAGCAGCAGCAGGCGGGGGAGGAGCAGUUGGUGCCGUUCACGAUACUGCUGCGGGGCUGCCGACUCAAGUACAUGGAGAAGCAGUACGCCUACAACGACGCGCACGCGCCCGCAUGGAAGAUGCUGCUGAUGCCUUCGCCCAAGGUCCCCGGCAGCAGCAGCAGCAGCAGCAGUGCGGCCGCUGCUACUGCCGGGGGCGCGGAGGGCGCUUCCAGCAGCGCCAGUGACUUUGCGGAUCUGGUCACUUUCCUGGAGAAGAUGGCCACUUAUGCCGCCACGGCUCUGGCGGGCCGGCAGGGCGUCAAGGUGCACUCGUGCGGCCGCCAGGACGCGGCCGGGCCCGGCAAGAAGAAGGAGCCCGUCAUGGGGGUGCGGCCGCACCUGCACGCAGCCAAGUGCGACGGCCCCGCGCCCGGCCAGCUGUCGUGGUCGGUGCUAGCAACCAUGUCAGCCUACGACAAGAAGACAGCCAGCUACAAGGAGUGCCGCUGGCCGCAGCUAGAUUCCUACAUCCCGCAGCCCCGCACCACUGCCGCCGCCGCCUCCUUUGGCGGCCAUCACGACUCACCCCACCCGCCGCCAAGCCACCACCAGCAGCCCGGCUCGCCGGACCGCCUGCAUUUCUCCGCCUACCUGACCCUGGAUGAGGUGAAGGCGGACAACCUGCAGCGUGUGGCAGCGCAGUUGCCGGACGUCAGGGGCGGGGACGUGUUGGAUGUGGCGCUGUGGCCGGAGCUGGUGUGGGUGUCGGACAGCGGUGCGGGCGUGAAGCUGCAGGCGGUGCACCUGGUGAGGCGGAGCGGCAGGACGGCGUGAGGGCAGGGAGGGCAGGGAGGGCAGGGAGGGGGGGGAGGGCAGGGAGGGGGGGGCCGGGAGGGAGGGACGAGGGGGGGAGGAAGGGGGGAGAGGGAGGGGGAUGUACGGUUCCGAGUACGGAGCCAGAGACACGAGGAUGGGGGCGGAUGGGGGCGCGAGGGAGGGGGGAGUCUUGUGGAGAGGGCAGCAGGAGGGCGGUUUGCAGUUAACCCUGUUGUCAACAGACGGAUGUUUUGAUUGUAUGUUGGUGGGCUAUGUGCCCCAGCUCAAAGACUCAGUCCCAGUUCCCCCAUGUCGAUGGGUUGAGCAAGUAACGCGGGUGGGCAGGCAGAGGCGUUUGGGCAGGGCAGGUACAUGGUUGCUGCUUCGAAGGUACGUGUGCUGGCUAGCUAGUUAGCAGAUGCAAGGGUUUCGGCUAGAUAGCAAGUAAUGUCUGCCAGCCGGGUUGCUGCAAGCGUGCACACAUGCACCCCUUCCGCGGCUACGUUUUGAUGUAACGGUUG